GGAGAAUUUUUGUGAGUGCCCAAGAAUGAUGUUUCUUCGAGAAUUGUUUCUACGAGCUAUUGUGUUCUUUGUGUUCAUUUCUGUGGCAUCAGCAGCCAUACGAACUGUCUUGGAUAUUCAAAAUGAAUUGAUGGAGAAGAGCACGUCGCAUCCGACUGCGAGGAUCAUCCAGGGACGAUUGGCGCUUGAUGGUGAAUUUCCCUACAUGGUCCGUAUAACCAUCUACGGAGGGCUUCUUCUACCAAUAAUUGUGGGAUGGUGCGGUGGAUCAAUUAUUGCAAAGGACUGGAUCGUUACAGCUGGACAUUGCGUAACACAAACAGACCUCUUUACUGACUUCCAAGCAUGGUACAUUGAAGCUGGGAGUGUAAUAGCCAAUGAACCACGUCAGGAUACAUCACUCCUCUUCAUUGACGCCUAUCCACAUCCGGCCUUCAAUCCCUCAACACUUCUUAACGACAUUGCACUUCUACAUUCGGGAGAUUUUGUUCUGGAUGGAACAUAUGUGGCUGCAAUCCCUCUAAUUCCCAAUAAUCUAAACUUCAAUUCGCUAACUGGAACGCUCAUGACGGUCUGUGGCUUUGGAUUAACGUCAGAUAAUGGAGAAACUUCCAAGGAGUUGCGUACAACACAAAUGCGAAUUAUUACUUUUGCAUCAUGCCAAGCAACGUACGUUAACGACACCCUACCAUCUACAUGCUUUUGCGCAGAUAGUACGCAAACACCACGAAAUGCCGUUUGUAAUGGUGAUUCAGGAGGUCCAGUAACAACUCGCAGAGGUAAUACUGUGUAUCUAAUUGGUGUGGUAUCUUUUGGAUCAGAUCAAGGAUGUGAUACAGCCCCGAAUGGAUUUACAAAUGUCCAAUUAUUCACGACAUGGAUCACCAAUACUAUGAGUGCUAAUAGUUAAAAGAGAAAAAAAAAUAUUUAUAUCAAUUUUUUUUAAAGAUGAGAAAAGUGUUGUAUGAUGCUGUUAAAUUUCCUAAAAAAAUGGUUCUAUAUAAAGAAUUUUCUACAGCCAUGAGCGAUCGAUUAAUAGUCGAUUUAAAAAUAAAUUGUAGGUAGUGAAAGAACUACCCAAUCUUUUUUCGAUUAAAUAAUUUUGAAUUGUUUUAAUUUUUAUGGGCUUUCAGACUUAAUUAUUUUGGUUUUUUUUUUUAAUAAAAUUGUAAUUAAUUUAUGUAAAAAAUUAUAGGAAAUAAAUGGAUUUGGGAAACA